UUUUUUUUUUUUUCUCGUUUUCGAAAUAAUGGACUUUUUGUUUGGUAAAAGAAAAACGCCUGCCGAAUUAUUGCGUCAACACCAACGCGCUAUCACAAAAGCUCAACGUGAACUUGACCGUGAACGAGAAAAGCUCGAACGACAAGAAAAGAAACUUAUCUUGGAUAUCAAAAAAUCAGCCAAAGCAAAUCAAAUGGGUGCUUGUAAAAUCAUGGCCAAAGACCUUGUUAGAACACGACGUAAUGUUCAAAAGUUUUAUCAAAUGAAGACACAAUUACAAGCCGUGGGACUUCGUAUUCAGACAUUACGUUCAAGUCAACAAAUGGCUGAAGCCAUGAAAGGCGCCACAAAAGCAAUGGGUUCUAUGAACAGACAAAUGAAUUUGCCUCAAAUUCAAAAAAUCAUGAUGGACUUUGAAAGGGAAAGUGAAAUGAUGGAUAUGAAAGAUGAAAUGAUGGGAGAUGCAAUUGAUGAUGCCUUUGAGGAAGAAGAGGAUGAGGAAGAAAGUGAUGAAAUUGUCAACAAGGUGCUUGAUGAGAUUGGCAUUAGUUUCAAUCAAGAGCUCGGCGAAGUUCCUUCCGGUCUUCGUAUACCCGAAAAUGCACCUACUUCAGAAAGAGUAGCUCAAGCAGAAGGAUUGUCUGCUGAUGACGCUGCUUUACAAGCAAGACUAGAUAACUUGAGACGAGAAUAAAUACCCCUCCUGCCACUAGUUUUUAUUAACUCAAUUCAAAUCCUGUAUUGGCAUUAAUAGCUAUAUAUAAACUUUUCUUUUAAAAGCGAUUUCUUAGUAUAAGCAGGCAAUUUUAGCAUAUUG